UUCGUCCCGCCAAUACGUCGGUGUCGGGUGUCGGCAGGUGUCGGUGCUCUCAUCUGCUCUCAUCUGUUUGACCACGCACGAGAUCUGAGCGUGAACGGACUGUGCUUAUUUUGAGUAGUAUCUUGCAUCGUGUCUCAAUUUCCAGCCUCCGCUCUCCGCCUUGAGUUUUGUACCGAAAUGCAUCGGAUCGCCGUCCUAUACCGUAUUCAUUCGCACCGUUUGUAAAACGUGCUCAGCCGCGCAAUUCACUUCAGAGCAAAUGAUGACCCAGGAAAGUCAGGUUGAGUGCGACGUAAACAUUCACUUUGUCGUACCGAAACAUCUAGACUCCGAAGAUGUUUGCAGCGAGCAAAUGUGGCAGGCGUUUAACAAAUGCAGUGAGCUAGGAUUGAAUCCAGAAUGGGUUAGCGAGGAGGUUUGCAAUAACAUGAAGCCAGUGAAAAAUGAUGUAUUUAUUAUAGAGGAAUUUGAAGGUGAUCUUUUUGAGAAAUUAAAAGAUUACAAAUGCUCCAGAAUUGUAUCACCAAAGUGCCUGCUUAUUUGUUUUACAAAUGGAGAAUCAAUACCAGAAGGGAAAAGCCCAAUAUACACAACUGCUAUGAGAAAAAUGUGUAUAUGUGCAUCAGGUUUCAAUCAAGAAACCAAGGAUUGGAUACAACAACGGGUUGAAUAUAUGGGUGGCUUUUUUACAAAAAAAUUCAGAGGUUGUGUAACACAUUUAGUAGCAGAUUCUGUAAUGUCCGCAAAAUAUGAGGGUGCUGUAGAAAUAAAGAUACCAGUUAUGACAAAAGAAUGGAUAGAAGCUGUCUGGAAAGCAAAUUUGAAGGAGGUGAUUAGAGCAGAUGAUGAGACUUUUGAUAAAUAUAAAUGUCCAGUUUUUAUGAAUCUAAUAGUAACCUCAACAAAUCUUCACAAAAGUCAGAAAGAAGAAGUUAAACGUGUGAUACAUAGCCAUGGAGGAACAUUUAUGGGUCCUCUUGAUGGAACAAAAGUUCGAGUGGUUUUAGCCUCCGAAAACGGUCCGUUGAGCGAUAAACUAAAGUACGCUAUGGAAAAUAAUAUUCCUUGUCUGAAACUUGAUUGGAUGUAUGAAAGUAUUAAAGUAGGAUACGCUCUACCUUUCCGUAACUUUAUUAUUAAAUCUGUGAAAGCAUGUUCAACACCAGAAAAACCAAAUACUCGAGAAUUGCUUAACUGUUCUGAAAUUAGCUCUAUAGCACAUGAUAAACAUCAAAAUAAUUAUAUAAAUGAAACUCUUAGUUCGACGAUAUCAAAUUUUUCUCGUGUACAUACAGUAACUAGUAAAUUUUCCGACGUCACUAAGCUAAACGUUUUGGACCGACUUACUUUCGGCGAAGCAAAGUCAGCUGGACCAUUUCUGGAUGGAUGUAAUAUUUAUCUUGUUGGAUUUGUGACAAGUGUUAGAGAUAAACUGAAUAGAAUAUUAAACGUUGGCGGUGCAACGCGCCUUGAUGACGUAUCUGAUGCUGUGACACAUGUGAUUGUUGGCGACGAGAAUAAAGCCUCUACAGAACUGAAAAUGAUUAAAUCAAGAGGUUUAUGUCCUUACAUAUUGAACAUAGACUGGUUAGAGGAGAGCAUUAAGCUGAAACGACCUGCAUCGGAAGAAAACUUUUUAUUUGAAGCAAAAAAUGAAGCAUCUAAGAAAAAUGUGGAGACACCUGCUUCACCGCUCAGUAAGAAGAACUUACAAUUGUUGCAACGACCAAAGAGACCUCCUGUGCCAUCUUUUAAAAAAGUUGCACCUGAAAAUGAAAAUGAGCAACCUGAUCUCGUACAACAAUAUUUGCAAGAAAGUAACGAUUCAUGUAGUGUUAAUAGUGUGCGGGAAUUUACGAAACCUAUUUCAGAAGGUAAAGAUCAAGAAAAUUUAAAUGACACUAAAUAUGUGCGCACCAGUGAAAUUUGUUCAUUAAAUGUUGCACCAACCAAAAAUAUGGAAAAUGAUAAUACUGUGCUGCUCAGCCAAAAUUGCACAGUGAAUGAACAAUUGUUCAAAGGUUUAACAUUUGUUGUGACUGGUUUUGACAAUGAGGACAAUCACAUAGAGGAAACAAUUGUAAUGUUGGGUGGACGCUUAAUUUCGAAAACCUAUAAUGGUAUCCCAGAUUACGGUGUUGUGCCUGUGCAAGGAGCACCCUUACAACAUACUGUGAAUGAAAUCGUGAGCCAUUUGUUUAUCGAAGAUUGCAUAAAACAGGAGCAAAUCGUGGAAUUGAAAUAUUAUCACAGACCAAUAUCUAUUAGAAAACGUUGUAAUCCAUUAUCUGAAUGUGUCAUAACGAUGAGCAUGUAUACUGGAGUCGAACGAGAUUACCUUUCAACAUUGGCUAUGGAACUUGGGGCUAUAUGUCAAGAUAUGUUUGCGCGAAAAGUUAAUGCUGAAAAGAAUACACAUGUCAGUACGCAUCUGGUUUGCCCGUCCCCGGAAGGAAACAAAUAUAAUGCGGCUGUGAGAUGGAAAUUGCCGGCUGUCACUGCUGAAUGGUUGAAAACUUGCGCAGAUCAAUUAACAUUCGUAGACGAAACCCCAUUUCUUGUUGGAGAAACAAGAGCACCUGAUAGAUCAAAUAUCACCAGCCAAACAAAUCUUUUGAGCGAGAGUAGGUUAGAUUUGUCUGGAGAAGCCACAUCAAGAAACAUUAUUACACCGAAACGUCGUUUAUCUCAAUUUAAGGACGCCGGUGAAACUCCAUUAAUAAAUAAGAGGCUCAGUCUCGUAAUGCACCAAACACCACAAUCACCGUUUCACGUGUCCACACCAGAGACUCCGUAUGGACAGGUCUUUAAGCCCAAUCCUUCGCCGGACACACGAAAAGGGUGGAUUAAAUGGGUGGAUAAUUUUCCAGAUUUACAAACAUCAGAGCCGCCGUUCAAACGACGCCCGCCUAGCACUCCGCUUUCCGAUUUGAAGAGGCAGUUAUGGGAAAAAAUAAAGAACGCAGGUCAAAUUGAAAAGGAACAUGAAUCGAAUGAAGUGAGGCAUAAUGAUUCCAUUACGGAGAGAGGUGCAGAGCAGAUCGAUGAUCAGUCUAACAAAACUGCUCCGUCAAUUUCUACGUCUAUUAUACAAAAACUUGACUUUAAUGAAGAAGAUAACCCGAUACCAAAUAAUGAAAUAAACAUGCAAAUAGCGCAGUUGGAUCAAAUGCUACAACGAACAUCGAGUACUCCUGAAAAUAGACACUCGCUGUCCUGGGAAAAUAUGAAGACGUACAACGAAACUUCUGAUCAUAUACAAAAAUGUAUAAUAAAGGAUUCGCAGCCUAUCGAUGCCAUUGUAUGGGAAGAUCCGGAUCAUCCAAAGCGAUCAAUCUUGGAUAAACGGUCGAGUAAAGAUAAUCACAGCAAUGUAAUUAGCGAAGAACAUGUCGACGAAAAUCUCGAGGAACAUGAAUGUAGAUCAUCGAUAAAACGAAAAUUUAUGCUGUCGGGUAUAAAGGAAAAAAAUGCAUACGAACAAGUGAUAAGAGACCUAGGCGGAGAGGUGUCGACGGAUGCAAAUUUCGACAACAGUGCCACGCAUCUCUUGUGCAUCAGGCUUUCCAGAAACGAAAAAAUGCUUGGUAGUGUAGCUGCUGGAAAGUGGGUCCUACAUUGCUCAUAUCUACGUGAUUCUGAACAAGAUGGAAAAUUUCUCGACGAAGAAGAGUAUGAAUGGGGCAACCCAAAGAGCAAAAAUAAAAUUCCAAAACCAAAUGGUGAAAUCGAGAUUGCAAUCGCAGCUGCCGUUUAUAGGUGGCGACUGAAAUUGCAGAAAGAAUUGCAUGGUCCAUUUUCCAAUAUAGUGGCUCUGUUAAUGGUUUCCGAAGAGAAAUAUGAUCAGUUUAAGAGACUGAUUAAAGCUGGUGGCGGCAUGGUCGUGCAAGCAAAACCUCCUUACGAUGCUAAUCUGUCUGGACAUAAAAUCACACAUUGCUUUGUUAAUGUAAAACAGGUAAACCAGCCAGUAGAUUGGGCUAUGCUGGCUAGCAAAGGCAUCCUCUGCUUCUUGCCGCAAUAUCUCAGCGAUUAUCUGACGGCAGAGACGCCGCUUAAUCCACGGGAUUGCGUACUCCCAGAAUUCAAGAAAUACUUGACGCUACUGCCCAAGUAGCCAGAGUAGAAUCAAAAUUGUGCUUAAUUUAUAAUUCAUGCAUCAAUGGUUUUUAUCAUAUUGAUAUAUUACAAUACUAUAUUGUUGCAUAGCGUUCAUAGUUCAGUGUAUAUAGCGAAUUCAUAAUCUUGGUAUCAAUGAGCCAAAAUCAAGAUUUCUUAUAAACAUAAGUGAUCAAUUGACUGAUUAAUAUAAAAUUUAUCUAUUUCAUGACAGUCAUAUAUUUUGUAUAAUUGUUUUAUGAAAGAAAUGUUUUAAAAUGCCUGUUUUUCGAAAGUAUAAUCAUGAAGUAUCUGGUAGAGUCAAAUAUUCGACAGAAUUAAAAAAUAUUUUUUGUGUAAUAUUUAGGAAUGUGCGGGUACCCGAAAUUACGGGUACCCGAGUUUCGGGUCGGAUCGGGAUUUUUUUUUCGUGAUCGAGUCGGGUUCCGAAAUCCUGUUGGAACCCGAAAUCGAGACAAAGUCCCAAAAUUUUGUAAAUUUUGAGUACUCGGAUUUAAAAUUGGGUCAAAGAGUGGUCACAGAUCUAAAUACCUUAUACACUAAUGUGAGAAAAAAAUUACUAAAUUUUAAUAAUUAUUUGUUUAAAUAUUGCCCUAAUAAAAUUUUUUCCGAACGUAAAUAUAUAUUUAUUUAAUACAAGGAAUGACCAUUAAUUUAUCAUUUUUUAUUAAGUAAAUACUUAUGUACUGUAAGUAAAUAUUUCAUUAGCAGUAUUGAAAUUUAAUUCAAUAUAAACGAAAUGCCUUACGUAAAUUUAGUAAUUUUUUUCUCACAUCAGUGUCUAAAGUAUCUAGAUCUCUGACCGCUACUUGACCCGACUUUAGAUCCGAGUACUCAAAAUUACAAAAUUUUGGGAUUCCGUUUUGACUUUGGGUCCCGACCCAAUUUCGGGACUCGACUCGAUUUCGGAUCCGACCCGAUUUCGGAUACCCGUAAGUUUUGGUUACCCGAAAUUUUUCGGGUACCCGAACUUAACAAACUUUCGGGUCCCGACCCGAUCCCGAAUUCUUAGGUACCCGCACACCCCUAGUAAUAUUUAAAUAGACACAUAUCAUUAUUUUUGUAUCAUAUCAAUAAAAUAUUCAAAUAAUUGUAAGAAAAGUUAUUGUAUACUGUAGAAAGUUCACUAAUAAUCACAGAAAUUAUUUCCACUGCAAAGAGUCAUUCAUGUCCUACUAUCAUAUCUGUUAGACCAAAUAUUUCUAAUACAUACUAAAAUAAUAAAUAUAAAAAUUGUAACAGUGAUGUAUUUUUGGUUAACGCAUCUUCUUGAAGUUCAGCAGGAAUUCUACUAGAACUGAUGGCGUGGUGAUGACUAUAUUUCAUUCAUCGACGAGGACGAUUCCAUGAGGGAUUCAACGCAACCUCGCAAUCUCGUAGAACUGCUAUCAGUUUCACAGCUAUUGGCAAAAUUCCUACCCGCAUACCUAACGAUUAAAUGGAAUUAAAUUGCAGAAGAUGCAUUAAAGUGCAUUAAAUUUUUUAUUCCGAAUUAAUGGUUUUAUAAAUUCAAGUCGCACAUAUAAUAAUCAUGUAAUGACUAUGCACUUUACGCAAUCAAAACCCCGAACAAAAAAUUGAAAAUUAAUAUGCUUGUAAUUAACGACGGACUACUUCGAAU